GGGAAGCACCGUGGUGGUUCACGCCGGAGCGAAGCCAAUACAGAGCGAGUCAACCGGACCGGCGAACGUCUCUAUAAAUCUCGCUCCACCUCUCUCUCUCUCUCUCUACCUCGCCAUUCUUUCCUCCUCUUCCUUUUCCUUCACGGCAACAUAUCUCAUCGGGAUGGAUACCUUCCUCUUUACUUCUGAAUCUGUGAAUGAGGGCCAUCCCGACAAGCUCUGUGACCAAGUCUCAGAUGCCAUCCUUGAUGCCUGUCUACAACAGGAUCCAGAAAGCAAAGUUGCCUGUGAGACCUGUACCAAAACUAAUAUGGUUAUGGUCUUUGGUGAGAUCACGACAAAAGGUAAGAUUGAUUAUGAGAAGAUAGUUCGAGACACCUGCAGAGGUAUUGGAUUCACAUCUGCCGAUGUUGGGCUCGAUGCUGACAAUUGCAAAGUCCUAGUCAACAUUGAGCAACAGAGCCCUGAUAUUGCCCAAGGGGUUCAUGGUCACCUUACCAAGAAACCUGGGGAUAUUGGUGCUGGAGACCAAGGUCAUAUGUUUGGGUAUGCCACAGAUGAAACAUCCGAGUUUAUGCCUCUUACUCAUGUCCUUGCCACUAAGUUAGGUGCCAAGCUUACUGAAGUGAGAAAGAACAAGACAUGCCCUUGGUUAAGGCCCGAUGGUAAAACCCAAGUGACUGUUGAGUACACGAAUGAGGGUGGAGCCAUGGUCCCUGUUCGAGUUCACACUAUUCUCAUUUCAACUCAACAUGAUGAAACUGUCGCAAAUGAGCAGAUUGCCCAGGACUUGAGAGAGCAUGUCAUUAAGCCUGUUGUCCCAGCACAGUUUCUUGAUGACAACACUAUUUUCCACCUCAACCCUUCAGGUCGAUUUGUUAUUGGUGGACCUCAUGGAGAUGCAGGACUCACUGGCAGGAAGAUAAUCAUUGAUACUUAUGGUGGUUGGGGUGCACAUGGUGGAGGUGCUUUCUCAGGGAAGGAUCCGACCAAGGUGGACCGCAGUGGUGCAUACAUUGCCAGGCAAGCUGCAAAGAGCGUGGUGGCCUCAGGGCUUGCACGUCGCUGUCUCGUCCAGGUAUCAUACGCCAUUGGCGUACCGGAACCAUUGUCAGUUUUCGUGGACACAUACAAGACAGGAAAGAUCCCAGACAAGGAUAUUUUGGGUUUGAUUAAGGAGAAUUUCGACUUCAGGCCAGGCAUGAUCGCCAUCAAUCUUGACUUGAAGAGGGGAGGCAACUUCAGGUACCAAAAGACUGCUGCUUAUGGUCAUUUUGGACGAGACGAUCCAGACUUCACUUGGGAGGUUGUUAAGCCCCUCAAGCCUUAGGCUUAAGUGAAGCUUAUUCUGUGGCUGGAUAGAUUUUCAGCAAAUGGUUAUUAUCGUAGCCAUCGUUCUCCUAAACAGAUUAAGAAUAAGGAGAAACAAGCUUAGUUGAUUCAAUUUCAAUUUUAAAUAUUGUUUGAGAUUGCCAAGUUACAUUUCCAU